GCUUGUGAACGGGCGAUGACUCCUGUAGGUUUGGACACCAUAGUGGCAGACCUGGUCUCCAUGUCCCCAAAUGCCACUGCAGUGGGAUCACCAGGCAUCUCAGUGGCAACCAGAACCCUAAUACUGCUUGUCUGUCUGCUGCUGGUUGCCUGGAGCCAGACAGACAAGAAUACUGUACCAGGUCCUUCUUUUUGUCUGGGUUUGGGGCCACUUCUGUCAUACCUGAGAUUCAUCUGGACUGGUAUAGGCACAGCCAGCAACUACUACAACAACAAGUAUGGAGACAUUGUCAGAGUCUGGAUCAACGGAGAGGAGACCCUCAUACUCAGCAGGUUGGUUAUGGCCUCAGCUGUGCACCAUGUACUGAAGAAUGGACAUUAUACUUCACGUUUUGGGAGCAAGCAGGGACUCAGCUGCAUGGGCAUGUAUGAGAGAGGCAUCAUAUUUAACAACAAUGUAACUCUGUGGAAACAGAUACGCACCUAUUUCUCCAAAGCCCUGACAGGUCCGGGCUUGCAGCAGACAGUGGAGGUUUGUGUCUCCUCCACACAGACUCACCUGGACGACCUGGACAAGUUGGAUAAUGUGGAUAUCCUCAGUUUGCUGCGCUGCACAGUGGUCGACAUCUCCAACAGACUCUUCCUCGGUGUACCUGUCAAUGAGAAAGAGCUGCUGCUGAAGAUUCAGAAGUAUUUUGACACAUGGCAGACUGUGCUGAUCAAACCAGACAUUUAUUUCAAGUUCGACUGGAUUCACCAGAGGCAUAAGACAGCAGCCCAGGAGUUGCAAGAUGCCAUAGAGAGUCUUGUAGAACAGAAGAAGAGAGAUAUGGAGCAGGCAGAUAAACUGGACAUCAACUUCACUGCAGAGCUCAUAUUUGCACAGAACCAUGGCAAACUGUCUGCUGAGAAUGUGAGGCAGUGUGUGUUGGAGAUGGUGAUUGCAGCACCAGACACUCUGUCUGUCAGCCUCUUCUUUAUGCUGCUGCUCCUCAAACAGAAUCCAGACGUGGAGCUGCAGCUGCUGCAGGAGAUAGACACUGUUGUAGGUGAAAGACAGCUUCAGAAAGGGGACCUUCAGAGGUUGCAGGUGCUGGAGAGCUUCGUCAACGAAUGCCUGCGCUUCCACCCUGUGGUGGAUUUCACCAUGCGUCGAGCCCUGUCUGACGACAUCAUAGAUGGCUACAGGGUACCGAAGGGCACAAAUAUCAUUCUGAAUACCGGCCACAUGCACCGGACAGAGUUUUUCCUCAAACCCAAUGAAUUUAAUCUGGACAACUUUGAAAAAAAUGCUCCUCGCCGCUACUUCCAGCCAUUCGGUUCAGGCCCUCGCGCCUGUGUUGGUAAGCACAUCGCCAUGGUGAUGAUGAAGUCCAUCCUGGUGACGUUGCUCUCCCAGUACUCUGUUUGUCCUCAUAAGGGCUUGACCCUCGACUGCCUCCCACAGACCAACAACCUCUCCCAGCAGCCUGUAGAGCAUCAGCAGGAGGCUGAACAUCUCAGCAUGAGAUUCUUAUCCAGACAGAGAGGUAGCUGGAAAACACUCUGAGACCUUUGUUUUCUUCAUUUGUAUCUAUACAUUUAUAAGGAAUAUAUACUUAUAUACUAUAUGAUCUUCAUUACUUCAUUUAUAUUAUUGACUGUACAAAGCUAGUUUUAUAUUUUCUAUGUAUUAAAAUUGUAUUUCUACUUGAACUAUUAUGCAUUAUGUGAAAUGUAAGUUUAGACAUGCUAUUACUGAAGUAAAUGUAAAUUAUUGUGCCAA